CAUUUCAGCAGAUCAGUAUUCAAAGGAGAACAAGCUACUAGAACCAUGGCUGGAAAACCGAAGCUUCACUACUUCAAUGGAAGAGGGCGAAUGGAAACCAUAAGGUGGCUGUUAGCUGCAGCUGGGGUUGAGUUUGAAGAACAAUAUAUUGAAUCAAAAGAAGAUCUACAAAAGUUAAAACAUGAUGGAUGGCUGCUUUUUCAGCAAGUGCCCAUGGUGGAAAUUGAUGGGAUGAAACUGGUGCAAACGCGAGCCAUUCUCAAUUACAUCGCAACAAAAUACCAUCUCUAUGGGAAGGACCUCAAGGACAGAACACUAAUUGAUAUGUACUGUGAAGGUAUUGUAGAUCUGAAUGAGGGAAUUAUGAUGCUUUUCUUCAAGCCAGCUGACACCAGGGAAAAGGAGUUACUCACAGUCCUGGAAAAAGCCUCCACUAGAUAUUUCCCAGUCUUUGAAAAGGUUCUCAAAGAUCAUGGACAAAACUUCCUUGUUGGAAGCCAGCUUAGCAGAGCAGAUGUUCAACUGCUUGAAAGCAUUUUGAUGGUGGAAGAGUUGAAGGCAGAUAUUCUCUUAGAAUUUCCUCUAUUAAAGGCUUUUAAAGGGAGGAUAAGUAACAUCCCCACAAUUAAGAAAUUUUUGCAGCCUGGUAGUCUGCGAAAACCUGCAAUGAAUGAGAAAACGGCAGCUGAAGCAAUAAAAACUUUCCACUGAAUUUUGGCUGGGAAUCUGCUGUAGAUGAAAAUACUGACUUUAGGUGGGACAGUAACUGUACUUCAAGUGAUUGUAAGGGAAUAUAACUGUGCAGACCUAUAGUUCAGGAUCAAUCAACUUAAUUAUAGUGGAAAGCUAAGUGAGCAAUAGAAUGGCAAGAUCAAGAUCUGUAAAGAUGAAAUGGGUACAGUACAGUUGCCAUUAAGCUAACAUGAAAUAAAACAUUCCAAACCAA